UUUAGCAAGCAACCAUAACAAACUCCGAUUUGAGAGUUGGGGUAGUGAACUUUGAAUGAAGUGGGUGUGUAGGGCAGCUGUCACAUCUGAACUCCCGCUGUUGUUUGUGUGUGUACGUCAGGGUGUGUCCGAACUCUACCGUAACGUCCGGGGAAAUCCACAGUCUCCUUGUCAGGGCAAAGCAGUCUGGGAUAUGUUAACAAACUGUUCACCUGCCUCUACACCUCAAAAUGACAAAGCACCCGUUUGCAAAGUUGGCAUUAUCGCUGAUGUUCAAUAUGCCGAUUUGGAGGAUCGCUACAAUUUCUCCAAAACACGUUUACGGUUUUAUCGAAAGGCCUUGACCUUGUUACAACGGGCCGUCACAGACUGGACAGCGCAAAAGGUCGAUUGUGUCCUUCAACUUGGUGACAUCAUCGACGGGUUUAACAAAGCUGAGAAUGCCUCUGACAGUGCCCUAGCAACGGUUAUUGAAGUGCUUAAACUGGUUCCGGGUCCGGUUUAUCACACGUGGGGAAACCAUGAACUAUACAACUUCACACAGGAAGAACUCAUUAGAUCCGUUCUAUUCAGUGGUAACAUACCUGAUUGCGUAUGCCCAAAGGGAAAAUCAUAUUACUCAUUCGAUAUACACCGGAAGUUGAAAGUUUUAGUUCUGAAUUGUUACGAAAUAAGCAUGCUGGGACUACCGGAAGGAUCUGUAGAGCACACAGAAGCAGAAACAUUAUUAAGAGAAAGAAAUCCGAACAGCGAUCUUAAUUCACCAGAAGGGCUAAUAGGAACAGAACGACGGUUUGUGAAGUUCAACGGUACCCCGUCCGACACACAACUACAAUGGCUGGCAGAGAACCUACAAGAGGCCAGAGAAAGCGAAACAAAUGUCAUCGUUAUGGGUCAUUUAUCCGUACACGAGGAGAGUGCAGACACUGUGUGUUUAUGUUACGGCUAUAAAGACGUUAAGGAAAUACUGUCAACUCACAGCGAGUGUGUAAUAUGUUACCUUGCCGGACACGACCACGAAGGCGGAAGUUGUGUUGACACUUCCGGAAUUCUUCACGCGACAUUUCCGGGAACCGUGGAAAGUCUGGAAUCGGAAGCUCAUGCAACAGCCUACCUCUAUAACGACAGCUUUGUAAUACGAGGCAAAGGGAGCUACCCGUCCUUCGAAACAAAACUCAGAUAUCCUAUUGGUGAUUCGAAUUCAUAGAAUAUGUUACGGUAUAGUAGUCUGGUUUGGAAUGUAUUAUGAUGAUACCAACUACAUAUUCAUCAAUAAAAGAGCAACAGUGUUAUUUAUAUUUUACAGGAUCAUAAAAAAAAAA